CCGUUCUGAGGCUGUUGUGGGCAAGCGCGUGAUGUUUGAGAGGUUAACCAUGCUGAAUCUCCAGAACACUUCCAACUGGAGUGGAUCCAAUGACUGGUACCAUCAGCAGAGCAACGGCCCCAGCCAGCAGCACAGCACCGAUGACUGCCUGGUGGACAUGGAUGGGAGGAUGGCAGGAAGAGGAGGACAUGUAGAAAGAGUUGAUGGAGAAGAGUCUCAACUGAGGCUGCAGUUAAAGAGGAAACUCCAGCGCAACAGAACCAGCUUCACAACAGAGCAGAUCGAGGCCUUGGAGAAGGAGUUUGAGAGAACACAUUAUCCGGAUGUUUUCGGACGAGAGCGACUUGCAAACAAAAUCGACCUUCCAGAGGCGCGGAUACAAGUGUGGUUUUCCAAUCGAAGAGCCAAAUGGAGGCGCGAGGAGAAGCUGCGAAACCAGAGGCGGUCUGGAGGCGGGACGUCCUGUGCUCAAACACACGCUCCACUGAACACAUCCUUUAAUUCAGCUGUCUAUCAUCACCCGCACGGCAACAGCACAGCACCCAUGAUCAGUCAGAGUGACGCAGCUCUCUCCAGUUAUGACUCUCUUUCAUAUUGA